UGAAGGCAUCCACGGUAACGGCUGUCCAGACGAGCAGCAUUCUGACACUCGGGCUGGAUAACUCACUUUUAGCGCUUCAACCAUGGACCAAGACAACAAUUCAGAGUCCGUCUGUCUCUGCUCAGAGAAUCCUCUCUUAAUCCUGGUGGUGGUGAACACGCCCUCUUUGUGGUCUUGUUUCUGACAGGAUGAGUCAGUCGGUCCAUCGGAGGGUCCUUCCGAAGAGGAACUGCCUUGUCUACCUCCAGGGCUCUCGGAUGGAGAGGCGAUGGAGCUGCUCUGGCAGCUGCGAGCGCAGCGUCGCCAGGCGUCCCCGGAGCUUCCUGAGACCGUGACCCGUCUGACGGCUGCUGAUGGCAGCCUCCUCUACUUGGUGGGCACGGCUCACUUCAGCGACAGCAGCAAGAAAGAUGUAGCCAAGACGAUCCGUGCCGUGCAGCCGGACGUGGUGGUGGUGGAGCUGUGCCAGUACAGGGUGUCUAUGCUCAAGAUGGACGAGAACACACUGCUGAAGGAAGCCAAAGACAUCAACCUGGAUAAAGUCCAGCAGGCCAUCAAACAGAACGGGCUGAUGUCCGGCCUGAUGCAGAUCCUCCUGCUCAAAGUUUCGGCUCACAUCACGGAGCAGCUGGGCAUGGCUCCAGGAGGAGAGUUCAGAGAGGCCUUCAAAGAGGCUGGUCAGGUGCCGUUCUGUAAGUUUCACCUCGGGGACAGGCCCAUCCCCGUGACCUUCAAGAGGGCCAUCGCUGCUCUUAGUCUGUGGCAGAAAGCCCGACUGGCGUGGGGUCUCUGCUUCCUGUCAGACCCGAUCAGUAAAGAGGACGUGGAGAAGUGCAAACAGAAGGACCUGCUGGAGCAGACCAUGUCCGAGAUGAUCGGAGAGUUUCCCGCUCUCCAUCAGACCAUCGUGGCUGAAAGAGACAUCUACCUCACACACUCGCUCCGCCAGGCUACACGCUGCGUGGAGGCCCCUCCUAAUGCCCGCAAAGUGCCUGCUGUGGUGGUUGGAGUCGUGGGGAUGGGUCACGUCCCCGGCAUAGAAAGAAACUGGGAGAAACAGCUCAACAUCAGUGAAAUCAUGAGCGUGGCCCCUCCCUCACGCUUCGGCUGGGUGCUGCGUACAGUCGUAAAGGGCGUGAUGAUGGGAAUGCUGGGAUACGCCUGCUACCGAGCCGGAGGGAGUUUAGGUCGAGUCCUGCUGUCUUCACCUGCUGUCCAGUCUUUUCUGGAGACUCUGCACCCCCCGCCUGCCUGACCCCCCCUGCUCCUCCCCAUUCAUCUGAUGUGGACAUGUUCGUUUAAAAAAAGAGAAAUUAUAUUCACCAAUGGCCUUAAAAACAGGAAGUGAGGCUGGAGGAAAGGUUUCCCCAGCUCACACGAUGAACUUAGAAGGACCUCGGGAGGGGGGUGGACUCCUCCCACCUCGCUGCAGGGCCGUACUGCCAAAGAAAACCACGACAGUACUCUUUGAUUUCUUUCUUACUUUGUGCAAAUUUGUAAAGUUUACAGAUGCCAAUGAUUCCUUUUGAAUAGAUUUACAUUUCCCCUGCCGA